CCAGAUGACGCGACUGAGGCCCAACCAGCUUUGUAGGAGGCGGAGUCUCCCCAGGGUCCCUCUCAGGCUGUCCUAGGGGAGGGGGCUCGGGGAGCCACGAGGCCCCUCCCUGCCUCUCCAUCUCCCGGCAAGCUCGGAGGGGCGGGGAGAGAGAGCCAGAGGAGGAGGAGAACUCAGGCAGCUCUGCAGAGGGGGCCAGAAGCUCCGGUGUUUGGUACCCCCAGCCCCACCGCUGUUGCUGCUGCUGCAGCGGGGACACAGGUGAGGACAGCCCUAUGGGGAGGGGGAGGGGGCCACCAACAGCACUGUCCUUGUCCUUCCCUGGUCCAGCCCCCACGCCCUAGCCCAUCCUGGGAUAGUCCCCAGGGGUCCCACUGAACCUUGCCCUUCCAGAGCCUCCUUCCAGGGACCCAGCCCCCUGCCCGUGCCCAUGCUGCCUCCUCUCCAAGCCUGGCUGUGGCCGCUUCUCCUCUUCCUCCUCCUCCUGCUGCCGCUGCUGCCACUGCCGCUGCCCAGCACACACCGCCAGCCCCUCGGGGUGUGGUUUCCCCAGACCUGCCCCCAACAGUAGGACCCAGCCUUCUCCCGGCCUCCCUGUCAGCCUCCUGCAAAGCUCAGCAGCCCCCCUCCCUGGAGACACACCCAACUCCCUUUCAACACCCCACCCCCCUCUCCAGCCCAUUUGGGGGGAACCCCCUGCCUCUUAGUCUUUCCAGGUCCCCUGAGUGCUCUGGGGCUGUGCCCAAUUUCAUUCCAAUUGAGUCCCAGCCCCUCAGGCCCCUUUUUCCUCUCUGCAGAACUCCUGAGGGUGUGGACCAGGUUUCUUAGCCCCUCUAGAUACCCCCUCCCCUGGAUAACUCUCAGCCUCUUAAAAAAUAACCCAGCCCCACAUGUACCCCUCUAGAUUCCCCACUCCCCUCCCCAGCCCCACCAGGAGGCCCCUCCUCUUCUUUCUUCCCCAGAACUCCUGUAGAGUGUAGACAACCCCCCCCAGGCUAUUCUUGGCAGCUCUAGGCACUCCCCAGACACCUUUCAGCCUCUUUACAACCUCCUUGCCCUACAGCCACCCCUCCAGAUGCACCAGUCCCUUUUCCAGAUCCAUGAGGGACCUCCAACCCCUAUAUCUUUACCCCCCUAAGUCUUGAGGGUGUGGACAACCCUCCUCACCUGUCUCAGCCCCUCUAGACUACCCCCCUUCCAGACACUGUCAGCCUCUUUCAAGCACCUCUUGUCCCAUUUCUACCUCUGUGGAUGCCCCAAUCUCCAACCCUCCAACCCUGCUAAGGGGUUCCAGGCCCUUCUUCCCUCCCUGGGACUAGACACCAUGGACAACUCCCCACGGGUUUCUUGGCCCCUCUAGACACCCCCAAGCAUCUCUCAGGCACAUGUUCACCCCUCUACAAUCAUCUCAGUCUCUCUAAACUUUCCCUCAUAUCUUUCUUGGCCUUUCUGGACCCCUCUUUUCUGCUUCUCUCCAUGUCCCAUCACCCCUUCUCAGCCCCUCCUCAUUGCCCAGGCCCCUCCUGGACCCUGUAAAUGCCUCCCAAGCCCCUGCCCUUCUCUCUAGUUCCUCCUCCUGGUUCCUCUUGGCCUCUGUAGACACCCCCAGUUUCCUUGUCCGGGUGGCCCAGGGCCUCUCCAAGCCCCCACCAUCCUGGAGACAGCCACAUUCUCCUAAACACCACACCCCCCCAAGUCUCCGUGGGCCUGGGGAGCGGCAGGAUGGCGGCAGGCGUGGCCACGUGGCUGCCUUUCGCGCGGGCGGCGGCGGUGGGCUGGCUGCCCCUGGCCCAGCAGCCCCUGCCCCCUGCGCCGGGGGUGAAGGCGUCUCGCGGGGAUGAGGUUCUGGUGGUGAACGUGAGCGGACGGCGCUUUGAGACCUGGAAGAACACACUGGACCGCUACCCAGACACCCUGCUGGGCAGCUCAGAGAAAGAGUUCUUCUACGACGCCGACUCGGGCGAGUACUUUUUCGAUCGCGACCCGGACAUGUUCCGGCACGUGCUGAACUUCUACCGCACAGGCCGGCUGCACUGCCCGCGGCAGGAGUGCAUCCAGGCCUUCGACGAGGAGCUGGCCUUCUAUGGCCUGGUCCCGGAGCUCGUCGGCGACUGCUGCCUUGAAGAGUACCGGGACCGCAAGAAGGAGAAUGCCGAGCGCCUGGCGGAGGACGAGGAGGCCGAGCAGACCGGGGACGGCCCAGCCCUGCCGGCGGGCAGCUCCCUGCGCCAGCGGCUCUGGCGGGCCUUCGAGAAUCCACACACGAGCACUGCGGCCCUCGUUUUCUACUACGUGACCGGCUUUUUCAUCGCCGUGUCGGUUGUCGCCAACGUGGUGGAGACCAUCCCAUGCCGCGGCUCAGCGCGCCGGCCCCCAAGGGAACAGCCCUGUGGCGAACGCUUCCCAAUGGCCUUUUUCUGCAUGGACACGGCCUGUGUGCUCAUAUUCACAGGUGAAUACCUCCUGCGGCUCUUUGCCGCCCCCAGCCGUUGCCGCUUCCUGCGGAGUGUCAUGAGCCUCAUCGACGUGGUGGCCAUCCUGCCCUACUACAUUGGGCUUUUCGUGCCCAAGAACGAGGAUGUCUCAGGCGCCUUUGUCACCCUGCGCGUGUUCCGGGUGUUCCGCAUCUUCAAGUUCUCCAGACAUUCACAGGGCUUGAGGAUUCUGGGCUACACACUCAAGAGCUGUGCCUCUGAGCUGGGCUUUCUCCUGUUUUCCCUCACCAUGGCCAUCAUCAUCUUCGCCACUGUCAUGUUCUAUGCGGAGAAGGGCACAAACAAGACCAACUUUACCAGCAUCCCUGCAGCCUUCUGGUAUACCAUUGUCACCAUGACCACACUUGGCUACGGAGACAUGGUGCCCAGCACCAUUGCUGGCAAGAUUUUUGGGUCCAUCUGCUCACUCAGUGGCGUCUUGGUCAUUGCCCUGCCUGUGCCAGUCAUUGUGUCCAACUUUAGCCGCAUCUACCACCAGAACCAGCGGGCUGACAAGCGCCGAGCACAGCAGAAGGUGCGCUUGGCAAGGAUUCGGUUGGCAAAGAGUGGUACCACCAAUGCAUUCCUGCAGUACAAGCAGAAUGGGGGCCUUGAGGACAGUGGCAGUGGAGAGGAGCAGGCGCUGUGUAUCAGGAACCGUUCUGCUUUCGAGCACCAACAUCACCACUUGCUGCAUUGUCUGGAGAAGACGACGUGUCAUGAGUUCACAGAUGAGCUAACCUUCAGUGAAGCCUUGGGAGCUGUCUCGCUAGGAGGCCGCACCAGCCGCAGCACCUCCGUGUCCUCCCAGCCAGUGGGGCCCAGCAGCCUGCUAUCUUCUUGCUGCCCUCGCAGAGCCAAGCGCCGUGCCAUCCGCCUUGCCAACUCCACCGCCUCAGUCAGCCGUGGCAGCAUGCAGGAGCUGGACACACUAGCAGGGCUGCGGAGGAGCCCUGCCCCUCAGAGCCGCUCAAGCCUCAAUGCCAAGCCUCAUGACAGCCUUGACCUGAACUGCGACAGCCGGGACUUCGUGGCUGCCAUUAUCAGUAUCCCGACCCCUCCUGCCAACACGCCAGAUGAGAGCCAACCUUCCUCCCCUGGCGGCGGCGGCAGGGCAAGCAGCACCCUCAGGAACUCCAGCCUGGGUACCCCCUGCCUCCUUCCUGAGACUGUCAAGAUCUCUUCGCUGUGAGGGGCGGGCCAGCCUAUUCAGAGGGCCCUCUUCAUUUUGGGGGACUCCUUUCCAAAGCCAUAUUUUGGGGAGGCAGAGAGGGGCAGGUCUGGGGACCCCUUCUGCCCCCCACCGAGAACUAUGCAAUGGAGUUUCAUGGAAUGGCCUACAUGGUGGGGAAGUAGCCAGGGAAUGGGAAACUUCCCCCCACCGCAGACAGUUCUCCUGGUGGGAGCUGAAGCACUAGGCUUCCACAGGCCCCUGGCCUCCUUGCCCCAACACACUGGGUGGGACUGGCCCCGCUCCCCGAGCUGGCCUCCUGCAUGCUCCUCCCCUGGGGCCUGAGAGGUAGGUAAAGUGCCUACCUGACAUCUGAGCUCUGGCCUGAGAAGGAGAGUUGAGACUUCCUCUUCUCUCUGGCUGGAGGGAGGUUUGGAGGUUCAGCAAAGGGAACCCUCACCUCUGAUCUGUUCUCUAGGAGAGGUCCCUGCCCUCUGCCUGGCCCAACAAUUCCUAGAUUCCGAAGCUUGGAAUGCAACCACAGGCUUCAUGGGCUGUGCCGCAACAGUGGCCUGCCACCCCCAGGCCCUGGCUAAGGGGUCAGGCUGCCUCUCCCAACACACACAGAUAGCACAAACUCCACCACACCCGUCCCUGGCUGCUGGAAAUGGGUCCCCGCAAGCCUGUCCUCCGCUGGGCCCCCAGCAAACUCUAGCAAUAGCAGCUGCUGCCGUGACAUUAUGCAAAGCCUCUGACCAGUCUGCUGCAGCAUUUACAUCUGCCCUAAUCAGAGGGGCCACAUCUAACUACUUCUUCUCUCUUCUUCUCUGGUUUGCUUCCUUCCUGGGUUGGGCUAGAGUCUGGACUGGCUGAGAUAAGAACCUGGUAGCCAGGAAGAGCUGGGCUGUGUUUGGAGAUCAUGGGCUGAUUCCAUGUUCUUGGGAAGGAGUCCAGAAGUGUCAGGGGCUGAGGCCUGGAUUGUUCCUGAACUCUGGGAGUUGUAGCAGACAGGAGGAACUUCUUGAUCUCCUUCUCGUCCCCCACAACUCCUUUUCACAUAUUCCUCUCUCUUCUCCCUCUUGGGUCACCUUCCAGAACUCUGCUCUCAGGCUGAAAUCUGCAUCAUCUCAGGUUCCCUGUCCCCAGCACUGUCCCCAUGGAGCUGGUGACUGACAAAGAUGUAGUUUCCGUCAGUUAAUAAAACCUGAGAGGAGAGAUGA